AUGGCAUCCGCGCUUCCCAAGAUCACGCUGUACACGUCAGACACGAGCGUGUACGGACACAGAGUCAGCAUACUCCUGCUUCACCUGCGGGUGCCGUACGAAAAGGUGCUGAUCCCGCUCGAUCGCCCUCGCGAACGGUGGUACCUGGAGAUCAACCCGCGCGGCCUGGUGCCCGCGCUGCAAGUCGAGGAUCCGACCAGCGGGCAGAAACAUGCGGUCGUGGAAAGCAGCCUGAUCUGCGAGUUCUUGCUCGACCUGGCCCCGGGCUGGGGCGACGAAUACGCCGCUCGAGCGCAAGACGUGCUCCCGCGUGGCCACAGCCUGGCCGUCGCGACGCAGAGGUACCAGCGGCGCCUGUUCGUCGGCGUGCACUUUGAAGGCAUACGCAGCGCCAGCAGGCCGCUUCUGGGGCAGGCCACGGAGGAGGCGCAGCAGGCGUUCCUGGCCGCCGCGCGCGGGCUCGAAAGCGUGUGCCCGCCGCCGGGCCGCUACUUCGGCGACAGCGACACCGUCACCUUCGUCGAGGUUCUCACGGGCCCGUUCUUUGUGCGGCUCGAGGCGCACCUGCGCUGGGAGCUCGUGCGCGACGCCCGCGCGAUCCACGACAGGCUUCGGGCAGAGGCACCGAGGUUCUACGCCUGGCUGAAGUUCAUCUCGGCCGACCCGAAGAUCAGAGCGGAUGCUUGGAACGAGGAGGUUCAGCACAGAUACCUGGCCGAAAGGAUUGCCAAAGCCCAGGUUGCCGCUCAAGAAGAGCGUAGUGUGCCCUAG